GUUUGUGGGAUCAGAUCUCAUCACUUGGCCUCGUAUCUUCUCUUCGCUUAGUUUGUGCUGUGCAUGAUCAUCCAUCUCCUGCAUUUCAUUAGUUGCAGUUGCAAAUUGUGGUCGGGUUCCAAUAAACUGAUCAGCAUUCCAUUAGUGGUCUUUUCCCUCCCACAGUGAUGCAGUGAUAUGGUAAGAUAAGGAAACUGACUGAUGCAAUGAAGGCAACUCGUGCAUGGCAGCGACGCAUCAAAGAUAUUCUUCUCAUGUCUGGUUCAAGGCAGCGCUCGCGUCUAAAGAGGCCAGUUUGGAUUAUUGUAUUGGUAACUUUUGUGAUCAUAUUCUUGAUUACUGCCUUUCUGUACCCUCCAACAACAUCGGCAGCCUGCUAUAUCUUUUCUUCUAGAGAUUGUACUUUGUUCAACGAGCCAUCAAUAUUUACUGCCAGGGAGUUAAGUGAUGAAGAGACAAGAUCUCACGUUGUAUUUAGGGAAAUCCUCAACACACCUCCCAUCCAAUCCAAGAAUCCAAAAAUUGCUUUCCUGUUUUUGACUCCAGGGACGCUAUAUUUUGAGCCACUUUGGGAUAAGUUCUUUCGUGGCCAUGAGGAUAGAUUCUCUGUUUAUGUACAUGCUUCCAGAGAAAAGCCAGUACACACAAGUCAUUAUUUUAUUGGUCGAGAUAUUCACAGAGAAACGGUGGUUUGGGGAAAAUUUUCCAUGGUCGAUAUUGAGAGGAGACUGUUGGCACGUUCACUUUUAGAUCCUGAUAACCAGCAGUUUGUGUUGCUUUCAGAUAGUUGUGUACCACUACACAACUUUGACUAUGUUUACAACUACCUGAUGCUCACUAAUGUCAGCUUUAUUGACUGUUUUGUUGAUCUUGGUCCACAUGGAACUGGGAGGUAUUCAGAGCGUAUGAUGCCCGAAGUUGAGAAGAACGCUUUUCGGAAAGGUUCACAGUGGUUCAGCAUGAAGCGUCAGCAUGCCAUAAUAGUUAUGGCAGACAACCUAUAUUACAAAAAAUUCAAGAAUUAUUGCAAGCCACAUAUGGAUGGACGCAAUUGCUAUUCAGACGAGCAUUAUUUGCCAACCUUUUUUAAUAUGAUUGAUCCUAGUGGAGUCGCAAAUAGGUCAGUAACAUAUGUAGAUUGGUCAGAAGGGAAGUGGCAUCCCAAAGCAUUUAGGGCCCAAGAUAUAACAUUUGAGUUCCUCAAGAACCUUACGUUCAUUGAGGAGAGCAUACAUUUCACAAGUGGUCCACAGAGGAGAGGGAUAAGUGGGCCAUGCUUGUGGAAUUCAAUGAAGAGGCCUUGUUAUUUAUUCGCAAGAAAGUUUUAUCCAGAAACCUUGCACAGAUUGAUGAUCCAUUUCUCUAAUUAUACCACGAUAUAGCCAUCCAUAUACAGGAGGGAGCCUUGUCUUUGCCUUUUUUUUUUUUUUUUGGUUUGGCUAAUAUUUCAAUUUGUAUUCUAAUGUAUUGUAUUUCUAUUGUCGAAUCGAAUGUCUACAUUUUAUAGUUAUAGCUGCUAGUCUAGUAUUGAAUUUAAGCUAUGCUAUGAUAUGAGCGUAAUGAAUAAUGUAUUGUAAUUAAAUUUUGUAUUCCAUCAAUUUGACUAAAAUAGAUGAAUUUUGAAAA